ACCCCCGCCCCUCCCCCCCCACCCCCGGGGCGGAACCUCCGGGACCGAUCGAGAAAACUGAGAGGGGGGGGGGGGGUGAAGGGGGGGGAGGGGAACAAACAGCCCCGGUACCAUGGAGCCCCAGGCCGGGGGGGACAGCGACCCCCACCCCGCCACGCAGGGGCUGGUUUACGUGGUGACGGGCGGCUGCGGGUUCCUGGGGUCCCACCUGGUGCAGCUGCUGCUGGAGCAGGAGCCGGAGCUGCGGGAGCUGCGAAUCUUCGACCUCCGCAUCGACCCCGCCGCCCUCCCGGCCACGCACGGGGACCGGGUGCGGUUGGUGCAGGGGGACGUGGGGGACGCGGGGGCCGUGGGGCGGGUGCUGGCGGGGGCCGACGCCGUGUUUCACGCCGCUUCGCUCGUGGACGUGUGGGGCCGCGCCAGCCCCGAGGCCAUCGCCCGGGUCAACGUGCAAGGGACAAAGAACGUGAUCGCGGGGUGCCGGGCGCAAGGCGUGCGCUGCCUCGUCUACACCAGCAGCAUGGAGGUGGUGGGGCCCAACACCCGCGGGGACCCCUUCCUGCGGGGGGACGAGGACUCCCCGUACCCCAUCCGGCACACGGAGCCGUACCCCCUCAGCAAGGCUCAAGCCGAGCGACUCGUCCUGGAAGCCAAUGGCAGCCCCGUGGCGGGGGGGGGCCGGCUGGUGACGGUGGCCCUGCGCCCCACGGGGAUCUAUGGGGAGCGACACCCCCUGAUGGCCCAGUUCUACCGGAGGGGGAGGGCGGCGGGGGGGUGGCUGCCCCGAACCCUCCCGCCCCACGCCGAACACGGCCGCGUCUACGCUGGCAACGUGGCCUGGAUGCAUGUGCUGGCAGCUCGGGCAGCUCGGCAGCGCCCGGGGACGGUGGCCGGGGAAGUUUUUUUCUGCUACGACUCUUCCCCUUACGCCGCUUACGAAGAUUUCAACAUGUUGCUUUUGGGACCGGCCGGGUUACGACUUGGGGGGCCCCGACCCCCUGCCGCCCUCUUGGCUUUCCUGGCUCGUCUCAACGCCGGGUUAAGGGUCCUGCUGCGACCCCUACGCCUCUACGCCCCGCUCCUCAACCCCUACACCUUGGCCGUCGCUUCUACCCCCUUCAGCGUCCGCACCGACAAGGCUCAGCGAUGUUUCGGCUACCGGCCGCUCUUUUCCUGGGAACAGGCUCGGCGACGCACCGUCAGCUGGAUCCGGCAGCUCGAUGCACCCUCCAAGUCCUGAUCCAUCCCGGGCGCUCCACCCAGCCGGCACCGCCCCCUGCUUCUGAUUGGCUACAGCCGGGACCCCACCCAGCAUCUUCCCGCCCCGAUCUGGCUCCAGGUUUUACCCUCGUUACCAUCCUCAUUUGCAUCUCAUUAUCUCUACGGCCAAUUAAAAACAACUGGACGUGC